UUUGUUGGCUUCAAUUUCAAGUUCCAGUUGCGGCGUCUCUCCGAGAACUACAGUUCCAAGAACUUUUCCAGCCUAGAAAACUCCAUGUUGCAUUGAAAGCACAUUUUGUUCUGAGUAGUUCUGUCUCUUUCAUCCAGUCAAAGAUGGCUCUUUUGUUCCAGAAAUUUCAAGAGGGUGUGAGAACCCUGGUAAAGCGCCCUGCUUUUUCUAGGGAUCCUAGACAACUACAAUUUGAAGCUGACAUUAACCGAUUGUUCCUUUAUUUAAGCUAUAAUCGUCUAGGAAAGAAUGCUGAUGAAGCACGUGCCGAAGAGAUUAUUGAAAUGGCUGGUAAAGCCUCGUUUGCUGAUCAACAAAUGCAAGUACAAGAAAAUGUUCACUCACAAAUUAAAACAUUUUGCACUUUCAUGGAUGAAAUUCUACUUCCAAAAGAAAAGAUGGUAAAUGAACAUGAACCAGAAAGCACGGUGCCUCACCGAAGUGGCCUUAGUUUUGCUGUGGGUAGGAGUAAUCCAGUCCAGAAUGAACUCGCUGCCCCCAAGACAAUACCAUUAAGCCGAGCUGAAGUUUCUCAAAAUUUAAAAAAUCAACUUGGCUACACUGUUAAUGUCAAACCUUCUCAGAUACCUCACAAGGAUGCUGGCCAAGGUCUUUUCUUAGAUGGCACAGUAGAUGUUGGUGCUGUGGUGGCCUUUUAUCCGGGCAUAGUCUACUCUCCAGCUUAUUACCGUUAUAUUCCAGGGUACCCGAAGGUUGAUGCACUGAACCCUUAUUUGAUUACAAGAUAUGAUGGGAAUGUCAUCAAUGGUCAACCUUGGGAUUGUGGAGGUGACAACCGAGAACUAUGGAAUGGUUGGAAAUCUGGAGAAAUCAAACCUGAUGUGAAAGGAGCUGAGCCUGAGAGAGGUUCAGAAAGGUUUUGGAAACUACUUAGUAAGCCUUUGGAAGGCUACAAAGGAGAUAACGCUGAAGUGAUUGAGCGUAGAAACCCAUUAGCCUUAGCUCAUUUUGCCAAUCACCCUCCAAAAGGGGUGCAACCAAAUGUCAUGAUUUGCCCAUAUGACUUUCCAUUGACUGAAAGCGACAUGAGAGUCUACGUUCCAAAUUUGUUGUUUGGAAAUGCAGAGGUAAAUAUGAGGAGAUUUGGCAGCUUUUGGUUCAAGGGAGGGUCAAAAAUUAGUGGAUCACAUGUUCCAUUACUGAAAACUCUUGUUCUGGUUGCUACUAGGCCUCUUCAAGAUGAGGAACUCCUUCUCAAUUACAGGCUGAGCAACACCAAGCGGAGACCAGAAUGGUAUAUUCCAGUGGAUGAAGAAGAGGACAGGAGAAGAUGGAGUUAGUCAAUCAUCCAAACAUCCGAACAACUUCGUAAUUCAGAAUUCCCUUGUUUCUGUCUCAGCAAGGAUGCUGAGCAACACUUAUACAAACUUGUUCUUGUAAUCCUUAUUCGGAUGUUAUUUGUGUUGACUCAGCAAGGAUGGUGAAAUUUUUUCGAGAUUGAUUUUGUUGC